AUGACGCUUCGAAGAAGCACUCGCCAACGCAAUCCCACACAAAAGCCAGCUCCAGCUCCCGCACCAGCUCCCGCUCGUACCAAGCGCAAGGCAGCACCCAAGAAAAAGAAGGCAGCGCCCGCUACAAAGAAGAAGACCAAGCUUACCAAGUUGAAGUCACUCAAAACAAAGCAAGCUGAAUUUUCUCUGGAAGAUGUCGUGGUGGAUCCUCAAGCCAGUCUAGGACACGUCGUGGUCUGUAAGACUCCUGAUGACGACGAAGUUCCCACCGAUGCCAUGCUGGCACUGGUAAAUCCAGCCAAGAACUCGGACAAGUUCUAUAUCCUUCAGUUGGUGGAGGAGGAAAAUGUUGACAAUAAAUUCCAUCUCUACAUGCGCUGGGGACGUACUGGAACAUCUGGACAAGCUCAAAUAGAAGAUUUUGAUGACUUUGACAAGGCAUAUGCAGCCUUUGACGAGAAAUUUAAGGCCAAGACCAAACUUCCAUGGGCAGAACGCCAAGAAGCUGCUGCUCAAGAUGAAACUCACUACCAUUUUGUUGGUCACAACAUGUUCAAUAUGGACGAACAUUAUGUGAGUUCUGCGGGCCAAGACAAUGCCUCUGAGGACAAUCCCAAGUGGCAAUACUGGGUAGGCGAUGGUGUCGAUGGCAAGGAAGAUGGCUGGUACGACUACGAUGCUACUGGAGGAGCCCAAGUCGAACGUCUAUGGCGAGAGUUUCAGAACCUCUUGGCAUCCACUCAACAGCAACACGAAGCUACCUAUGUGGCUGUCCGGAUUGUAGCCAGUGGUGUCUGGAACUAUGCUGUCGAUUUGGUGAAUAUGACCCAAACCAAUGUGACUCAUGCCAAUCACACACAACGUUUCAUUCGUCGUUUUACUGGUGGAGAUGACAACGGACCACCGGCUGCGGUGACAUCCACAGCACCAGUCGUCCCAGUGACUCCCUCGUCUUCCAACACUACGACCAACUUGAAGACGCCUCCAGUCACUACUUCCUCUUCCGCUGCUGCAGUCAUCACACCUGCCCAACGAAAUCUCUUUUCCACUCCUAAGCAGUCCGCUGGUCCUCCCGUGGAUGAUUUGAUCAGUGUCGUGGGCAAGAACGCUUCCGACUAUACAGUGGUCGAAUCUGGUGAGAAUCCAGGGACUUGGUACGAUGUUGUCUUGAAUCAGUGCAACAUCGGGGGAAACAACAACAAGUACUAUCGACUCCAAAUGUUACAAGAGAUUAGUACGAAACAAAUUUACGUGUGGUUCCGUUGGGGGCGUGUUGGUGAAAUGCCAAGGUCCAGUACUUCGACUUGGCUGGGACCUUUUGAUGACGAAGAAGGCCCCGCUUUCAAGGCCUUUACCAAGAAAUACCGUGACAAGACUGGCAAUGUCUUUGGCGCUACCGAUUUCAAACCCAAAAAGGGCAAGUACACACCAAUCGAAGUCGAUCACAAUGUGGAAGUUACCGACGAAGCCUUGGACGCGGCAUCUGCGGCCAAUCAAAAGAAUGCUGUGAAGACUGAAGAAGUCGAGUAUUUACCCAGCAAAUUGGACAAUACAACAAAGGAUUUGAUUCAAACUCUCUUUUCCAAAGAAAUGCGCAACGAAGCACUAUCGAGUUUUCAAAUCGACUUGAAACGAUUGCCAUUGGGAGUCCCGUCGCAGGCCCAAAUUCAAAGUGGUAUUGACGUGUUGACGCAAAUUGAAGAAAAACUCAAUGAUCCUUCCAGCCAAAGCGACUCGUUUAUGGAGCUGUCGUCUCGAUUCUACACCACCAUUCCCCAUUCGUUUGGACGAUCCCGUCCUCCCGUGAUUGGAGACAAGGAAUCCUUGCAGAGCCGCUACGACAUGUGUAACAUUUUGAUGGACAUGUACUCUACUUCCGAAACCCUUCGCAAAAUUGAGGCGGAAGAAAAGAAGGCAACUGCUGUCAAAAAGGUCCUUCCCAGCCCAGUCGACCAACAUUAUGAAUCCCUUCAUGCGGAUUUGGGGCUAUUGGACAAAAUGUCCAAGGAUUUCCAAGUCGUCAAUCAAUACUUUGAAGCUACGAAGGGGUCUCACUCGUCCGCCAAGUUGUUGAAUGUGUGGUCAGUGAACCGUCAUCAGGAAGAUGAGCGAUUCCAGGAACACGACAAGCUGGGCAAUCGUUGUUUGUUCUGGCAUGGUACCAACAUUGCCGUGGCGGCUCCCAUUUUGACCUCUGGAUUGCGCAUCAUGCCCCAUUCGGGUGGACGAGUCGGAGCUGGAAUCUAUUUGGCCAAUCUACAAGAAAAAAGUGCUCAAUAUACGAGUGGAUAUGGUGCCAAGUAUGCCUGCAUGUUUUUGUGCGAGGCUCCUCUGGGCAAACAGCACACGGUGGAUCAAGAUGGUCCCCAUGCCUCUGGAUUAAAAGCAGCUCCAGCUGGAUUUGAUUCGGUCCAUGCUGUGGGACGCAUCCAACCAAAAAAGUUUACCAAUUUGAAAUUGGAUGGAAAGACGGUCAAGGUUCCUUGCCAAGAGCCACAAGACGGAAACAAGAAGUCUUCAUUUUAUCAUGACGAACUAUUGGUCUACAAGGAAAGUCAAGUCCGUCUUCGAUAUGUCAUUACGGUCAAACUCUAA